AUGCAAGAAAAUUAUGGUGCCAGAUUACUUCGUUUUCAUCAAUUUUGCAACUCUCGGAAGAUACCAGAGUCCUCAUGCAUGCCAGCUUCAGAUAAUCUUCUCGCCCUUUUUGUCGCAUCCUGGGCCAGUAAAAUUGCCACAAUGACUGUAGAGAAUUGGCUCGCUGGUCUACAUUUUUGGCACACCAUGCAUGGCGUGCCAUGGCAUGGUCACGCCUUACUACACAUGUCUACAGCCGGGGUGAGGAAACUUGUCCCAGAGGUGUCGAAAUGUCUGCGUAGACCUCCAGUUACACUCGAACAUAUGCACAUGCUUUACUGUAAUCUUGACCUCUCGAACACAUUUGAUGUGUCUGUUUUUGCAGUGGCAUCUAUCGCCUUUUGGUCAUGUUGUAGACUUGGCGAACUCAUCAUCAACUCUGCUAACUCCUUUGAUGCAUCCCGUCAUGUUGCAUGUGCCGUCCAGAUAACUCGCAGAUCCCCUGCCAACGGCGUAUCUUGGUCAUCUUUCUCCAUCCCUUGGUCAAAGACAACACUUGGCGCAGGCGCCAAAAUCAUCUUGUCUCACGUUGACGACUUCACAAACCCUGUAACAGCCCUUAACCACCAUAUAUCAGCCAAUGCAAUUGUUCCUCCCCAUGCACCUCUAUUUGCCUUUGAGACAGCCAGCGGGGGAUGGGCACCUAUGACUCGACUGUGGUUCCUCACAUGCUGUAACCAAGUCUGGAAAGGAGCCAGUUUAUUGGAGCUCACAGGUCAUUGCUUUAGAACCGGAGGGGCAACAGAACUCCUACUCAGAGGAGUUCCACCAGAUGUUGUGGCAGUACAAGGCCAUUGGAAAUCCCAGGAAUUCUUAGAAUAUUGGCAUAAAAUUGACUCCAUCCUUCCUCUUUUGUCACAUCAUUCCAUGACCCAAUCAUCCAUGGACUCUUUUAACCGUCGUUACAAGUAG